AUGGUUUAUAUUAUUUAUUAAUAAGAUUCUUAUUUUAUACCUAAUGCAUAUUAGUAAUAUAUUUGAUUAUUUUUAGAUUCACAUAAAGUUUAUUGAUUUUACAUGGCAAAAAGAUGAGGUAGCCAGUCAUAUGA